AUGGCGUCGAGAUCUUCGAAAUGGACCUCCGCAGACGACGACCAAGAAUCAGCAGCAGCCCUCGCGCAGCGGAAGAAAGAGAAGAAGGAGAGAAGAAGACUCAAGGAAGAGAGAGCCAGGAAUGCAACACAGCAGCUUGACCCUCCGACCGACGCCACAGGCAGCGAUGAACGACCUACCAAGCGCCAACGAACAUCACCCGAACAAACAGACGCUCCCGCAGCAGUGACAGCGCCGAAUGCUCAGAGCAACACAGAAGACGGUGCCAACAUCCUCCAGUUCCCCCACCGACAGUUCGGCCCGUGCGGCCAUGUCGACCGGUUCGAACUCCUCAACGAUAUCGAGGAAGGGUCGUACGGCGUGGUGUCGCGAGCCCGGCGAAAGACAACCGGCACCGUCGUGGCCCUGAAGAAGUUGAAGAUGGAGCACACGAGCGACGGGUUCCCCGUGACGGGUCUCCGAGAGAUGCAAACGCUCCGGGCGUGUCGACACGCCAACAUCGUCGAGUUGCAGGAAGUCGUCAUGGGCGACGGCGGAAGGCUGAAAGAUGUCAAUGUCUACCUCGUCAUGGAGUUCGUCGAACACGACCUCGCGACCCUACUCGGCGAGAUGGCGGAGCCGUUCCUGCCGUCCGAGAUCAAGACGCUGACGCUCCAGAUCGUGGCGGGCGUGGAAUACCUGCACCGGAACUGGAUCUUGCACCGCGACCUGAAGACGUCGAACCUGCUGCUGAACAACCGCGGCGAGGUCAAGCUCGCGGACUUUGGCAUGGCGAGGUAUACGUCGCGGCCGCCGCCGCCGAAGCUGACGCAGCUGGUCGUCACGCUCUGGUACCGGGCCCCCGAACUGCUGCUCGGCGCCGACGAGUACGAUUUCGCCAUCGACAUCUGGAGUGUCGGCUGUAUCUUGGCCGAGCUGCUCACCAGGGAACCGCUCUUCCAGGGCCACAACGAGGUCGGCCAGCUGUCCCGCAUCUUCACCCUGUUGGGCCCGCCGACCAAGCACACCUGGCCGGGAUAUCAGUCCCUGCCGAACGCCAAGGCACUGCACCCUCUUCUGUCCAACCCGAAAGCCACGGCCAAGACGACGACCAACACCCUCACGGCGUCCAAGUUCCCGUAUCUCUCCACGUCCGGCCUCCGGCUGCUGUCGUCCCUGCUCAGCAUCAACCCGGCGUCACGGCCUUCUGCGACGGAAAUCCUCAACCACGCUUACUUCAAGGAAGACCCGCGACCGAAGGCCAAGGAGAUGUUCCCGACGUUUCCGAGCAAGGCGAACCAGGAGAAGCGCAGACGGAGAGAUACGCCCCAGGCGCCGGUCAGAGGGGAUGCCCCGAGACUGGACGAGCAGGAUCUUCAGGGGCUCUUUGCGGGACAGGCCCAAGAGGAGCAGGGAGCGGGUUUUGCGCUGAGACUGGGGUAG